CAAAUGUUCAAAACUUCUAGGCCCCAUUGACAACAAGCUAUUUAUUUAUCAACACUCAGUAAAAUUCAAUACCUUACCUACAGCCUUGGAUUAAGCUCUCCUUUGUUGCUUUCUAAACCUUCGUAAGCUUUAACAUCCGGCAGAAACCUAGUUGUGCAAUUGACCUGCUGCUGUCUGGCGUUGUAUUCGAGCCUCACGACCCCGCGACAAUGCCCGGUCCUACCACCGUGACCGCUGAACUCGACUUCCUCAAGAAAGAUAUCAAGCAUUCGACGGAGAAGCCCUAUAAGCUGCAAUACGACCCUGGUCCCGAUCUUCCCCGCUGGAACUGCGAGAACGUCUCUCAAUCGGACAUACCGGUCCAUGACAUUCGGGGACACGAGAAUGAGUAUACACUGGAGAAGAAUGGGUUUGUGGUUCUGAAACUCGAGAGCCGGUUGGUACCCGAGGACUUCUAUGAUGAGAAGAAGGUGAAAGAGGUGUACUAUGAGGAGGUUAAGGAGGUGCUGAAGAGAGAACGGGGAGCGAAGAGGGUGGAGAUAUUGGAGCAUGGAAUUCGAAAGAGGCAUGAGGAGUUUCCGAUUUCAACCGGCGGAGAUUACCAAUAUCUUCAACCAACUUCAGUGAUUCAUAUUGACUUCACUCCUGAAGCAGCCCUAGAAUCCAGUGCGAAUAUCCUCAAGGUCCCUUCGUCCGAGUACGAACGCGUUCAAUGCAUGAACAUCUGGAAACCUCUCCGCGGCCCACUGACGGACUGGCCACUCACCGUCUGCGAUGUGCAAACGCUCGACGUCGAGCGAGACUGCGUGGCUACCGAUGUGGUGACACGGGAUGGAUUCACGGAGAACUAUCAGAUCUACUACAAUCCCGAACAUCGAUGGUACUAUCUCAACAAGCAGAUGCCCGAUGAAUUGAUUGCGUUCCGCCAGACCGAUACGGAUGAGCGAUAUACUACGGGGGUGCCGCAUGCCGGGUUUAGAAACCCAAUGGCUGUGAAGGGGGAAACUCCCCGUGAAAGCAUCGAGAUGCGAGUGUUUUUAUACUUCUAAAGAAGAUACUUUGGAGAGGGGUAUCCAGUAAACCUCGAAGAGGCAGAUGUCGACUAAGCACAGUUAAUGAGGGAACACGGUUAUAUGUGUCAGCAAAGCGACCUAGGGACUGUAUGUUAUUGAGGACGAACCCGUCAGUGGAGUCGUCAUUAAGGACGAGCCCGUCAGUGGAGUCAUCAUCAAAGUUGCGAUUUCUGUCAUGUGAAAGGCGAACGGAUCACAGCGAAAUUUCACCGUUUCAGACAACCAUGUGCAUUGCGG